AUGAGCAUUGUUAACGACCAACUACGAGACGUCAUCAGUUCACUGACUGUUCAGCAGUGCAACAAGCGGGUCCAAAUGCACGGCGGUGAAGACUGUACAGUGGAAGACUGCCUCCAACAAUUCGAAUGGGCACUGCAAAAUCGCAGCACUUGCGAUGAGGUAAUCGCAAAACAGCCAACAGCCUUUGCAGACGCAUACGAGGCUGCAUAUGCCAGGGAGUUGUUACUACGAUCAGCAAACACGGUUAAUGAUAACCAAGCUGCAGAUACAGAGCCUACAUGCAAACUGGGCUUCUCGCCAAUCAGGAGGAAGCCGUCAAGCGGAGUGAAACAGGGAAGCAAAUGCUACGGAUGUGGAGGCCAACACUUGCGCAAAGAUAGCAAAUUCAAAAACGAGAAAUGCUACGUAUGUGGUAAAGUGGGCCAUAUAAGUAAGCUUCCAGUUACAGCUUCGGUAGUUGCUCGAGAAACCAGAAAAGACCAGCAUUUGGGCAAAAUUUUGCAAAUACUGGAGAGUGCCCAAUGUCUAACACGAAAUGGAUACAAAUCACCAGAGUGCAAGUAUGAGUUAUCAUCGGGCUGCAUUACUUUCGAACACCGUGUGGUUAUCCCGACUAAACUUCAAAAACUGAUCCUGGACGAACUACACAGGGCCCACUUGGGUAUAGUAAAAAUGAAGGGUAUUGCACGCUCUUUCGUCUACUGGCAAUCUGGAAUCGAUAAGGACAUCAAGAAUGCGGCAAGAACAUGCGAGUUCUGUGCAAAACACGCGAAUCAACCUCCGAAAUGUUUCGAUCACAAUUGGGAAUACCCUAAGUCGCCAUGGGAGCACAUUCACAUCGACUACGCGGGCCCAUUUGAAGGCGCGAUGCUUUUGAUUGUUACGGAUGCAUACUCAAAGUG